AUUUAACUCCCCUGGAGAAAAAAUACACGAGAGCCGCCAUUUUGCAACAUGUCCUACAAAGAAUGAUAGAAGAAGUUGUAUUCACGACAUCAGUUUCCAUUUAGGAAACGGCCAUUGUUUGGCCAGAAGGAGAUUAAUGCCUCUCUCAAAUGCAAAUAAGCGUUCUUCGCACGAACAGCAUCGGAAAGAGGACGAAAAGGUUUCAAAAAAGAAAAGACCCAGUGGCAGUGAUUCAGUUUCUCCUCAAAACAAACGCAUUAAGACGGAAGAAACAGUGAUGACGGAUUCACAAAAACGUGCAAAUUUUUCUGCUAUUCCAAGCCCUGGUAGCAAUGGUGUGCACCGACAUGCUUCACCCAUGGGGACAAAUAAACCAGGCACAACAAAGAAAUUGGUGAUAAAAAACUUCAAAGAAAAGCCCAAGCUGCCUGAGAACUACCAGCAAGAGACAUGGGGAAAACUACGGGAAGCUGUCGAUGCCAUCCACGCUAGUCGUGCAAUAUGCCUGAGUCUAGAGGAGCUGUACCAGGCGGUGGAAAACAUGUGCUCAUAUAAAAUGUCCUCCAUGCUGUAUGAACAGCUGAAACAAGUCUGCGAAGCACAUGUGAAAAGGAGCAUUGGACAGUUCUUGGAAGAGAACAUUGGAUAUGAAGAGUUCCUGAAGAAGAUAGACCACUGCUGGCAGUCACACUGUCAACAAAUGAUCAUGAUCCGCAGUAUAUUUUUAUUCCUGGAUAGAACAUAUGUCCUGCAGAAUUCUGCAAUUAUGUCUAUAUGGGACAUGGGGCUGGACCUGUUCCGCACACACAUCGUGGGUCACCACAUCGUACAGAAUCGCACGGUGGAGGGUCUGCUGCAGCUGAUAGACCGUGAGCGUAGUGGGGAGGCAGUUGAUAGGGGACGCCUGAAGAGCUUGUUGAGAAUGCUCUCAGAUCUCCAGAUUUACAUGGAGGCAUUUGAGAAGAGAUUUCUUGAAGCGACAGACAGCUUGUAUCGUGUAGAGGGACAACGACUUAUGGAGGAACGAGAUGUUCCAGAGUACCUUCUCCAUGUUGAGAAAAGAUUGGAAGAGGAAAAUGAGAGACUUCUACACUACCUUGACCAGUCAACAAAAAAACCUGUGAUAUCAUUAAUAGAGAAGCAGUUGUUGGAGCAGCAUAUAUCUCAAAUGUUGCAGAAAGGGUUAAACCAACUUCUGUCAGAGAAUAGGAUUCCAGAUCUUACUAGAAUGUUCCUGCUGUUGUCUCGAGUGAAAAACGGACAGAAGGAACUGUGUGCUGCAUUCUCACAGUAUAUUAAAAAUACUGGUAGGAUGAUCGUCUUGAAUGUAAAUAAUGACCCAGAAAAGGAUAAGGAUAUGGUUCAAACAAUGUUAGAUUUCAAAGACAAGAUUGACAACAUAAUAUUGAUGUGCUUUGGUAAAUGUGAGCAGUUCACAAACGCUAUGAGAGAGAGCUUUGAGAGCUUCACAAACGCCCGACAGAACAAGCCAGCAGAAUAUAUAGCCAAAUAUGUGGACAAUAAAUUGCGUGCUGGUAACAAAGAGGCAACUGAGGAAGAGCUGGAGAGAUUGUUGGACAAGAUCAUGGUCCUCUUCAGGUUUAUACACGGGAAGGAUGUGUUUGAAGCGUUCUACAAGAAGGACCUUGCCAAGCGCCUGCUGGUUGGGAAAAGUGCCUCUGUAGAUGCAGAAAAAUCCAUGCUCUCCAAGCUUAAACAAGAGUGUGGUAGUGGUUUUACAGUGAAGUUAGAGGGUAUGUUUAAAGAUAUGGAGCUGUCAAAAGACAUCAUGCUGGCGUUUAAACAGUCUAUGCAGUGUGAGAAGCACGGGACGGGUAUAGAGCUGACUGUGAACAUUCUCACCAUGGGCUACUGGCCCACCUACACACCCAUGGAGGUCCAUCUACCUGCAGAGAUGGUGAAGCUUCAGGAAGUGUUCAAGAAGUUCUACCUGGGAAAGCACAGCGGUCGCAAGCUUCAAUGGCAGCCCACUCUCGGCCACUGUGUCUUGAAAGCAUGUUUCUCAGGGGGCAUGAAGGAGCUGCAGGUGUCUUUGUUCCAGACCCUCUGUUUGCUGCUCUUCAACGAGGGAGACAUGUUCUCCUUUGAGGACAUCAAGACUGCCACAGCCAUAGAGGACACUGAGUUGCGCCGCACCCUACAGUCCCUAGCAUGUGGUAAAGCUAAAGUGCUGUUAAAAGCUCCAAAGAGUAAAGAUGUUGAAGCCGGGGACAAAUUCAAGUUCAACGACGACUUCAAACACAAGCUCUACCGAAUCAAAAUCAACCAGAUUCAGAUGAAAGAAACGCAAGAAGAAAAUGUGAGCACGACACAGCGGGUGUUCCAGGACCGUCAGUACCAGGUGGAUGCAGCCAUUGUGCGCAUCAUGAAGACGAGGAAGAGUCUCACACAUAACCUUCUGAUAUCAGAGCUCUUCAAUCAGUUGAAAUUCCCUGUCAAGCCAGCUGACUUGAAGAAGAGAAUUGAAAGUUUGAUAGACAGAGAUUACAUGGAGAGAGACAAAGAUAACCCAAAUUCAUACAACUACGUAGCCUAAAUAAACUUUUCAAGUUGUAGAACUUAGGGUUGUUUCCCUUUGUAUUAAAGGGUUAUCUACCAUUUAAAAUAUUAUGAAAAAAGUGUGCAGGAAGUGAAAAGUAUUUCUUUAUUUUGUGUUUAAAAGGUUUAAAUAUAUUUCAGUAGCUGUGCUGAUUGUACAUUUUUACUAUCAGUGCAUGCUUUUCAAAGCCAUCCCUUGUAUUUUGUGGAUGGAUUGCUAAUGGUUUUUAAGUGAAAAUUAUAGAAACAAAUUGGUGUGAAGUCUUGCAAACAUUUUGAAUUAAUUGAAGACAUUUAUUAUUCAAUACUUUGGCUGCUCUAUUAUGUUUUAGUUCUAUGUUAAAGAUUGUGUUUCAACGCAACUUGGGUACUUAUUCGCAAAGAGAAUAUUUAAUUGCUGAUAAGUUUUGUAAUUAAGUAUUAAUAUGUAUAUAAAAGAUUUGUGUUAAGAGGUUAAAAAAGGACAAAGAGAGGAAGGAGAGAUAAUGUGUUGGCUUUUGUGUGCUCAGUUAUUUAUAGCGUUUACCUUUGCAUUGAUACAAACUUCAUAUCACUUUUAUAUUGUACUGACUGUAUGUUCAGUUACAGAUCCCAGUGAAAAAAUAAUGGGUUUUUUUACAGAAAAAUAUUAUAAAUAUUAUAUUUCUAAUCUUAUUUUUUUUUCUAAAGCAGUCAUCAAAGAUCUCUUCUUUUAUGGAAAAUAGUAAAAUGAAAUAAAAGUAUACAUAUUGUGUGAUUUUGUUGAUUUAAAUGAGCUUAUUUCUUUUUUUUAUUGAAGCAUUAACAAAUCCCUAUCAAUGAAGGUUUGAAGAAAGUUCUUAAGUUGUUCUUAUCAUUAAUUUAAUUGAUUUGAUAUCUAAAGCUAACCCAUUAAAAUAACUUUUUGAUCUUUAAAAAUCACACUUAUAUAAUAAAUACACUUUUUAUAGAAAAAGUUCACUUCAUUGUGGACUAUCCAUACUACUCUAAUGAAGAAAGAUAUUGUACCUAUUAAUGUGUGUUAAAGAAAUCAGCCAGUGCUGGGAAUAAAUGGGCCUAAUGCAUGUUAUCCCAGAUUAGCUUGUGCACUCAGCACAGGCUUAUCAGGGUCUACACUUUCCAGCUUAACUAGAUUUUCUUUAAGAAGAGACUUCCUUUAAACAAAUAAAUCUGUAAGAGCGGAAAGUGUCGUCCCUGAUUAGUCUGUGCGAACUGCAAAUGCUAUAUGGGAUGACAUAACGCAUGUGCAUUAAGUCCGGUUUUCUCAGAACAUGACAAAAACAUUUGUGAAAUUCUAUUUGCAGUACAUUGGUAAAUUAUAACUUUCAUAUGUUUACCUUAGUUGUUAGUUCAAGUUGAGUUUGGCUGGCUACUGUUUGUGUUUCUGUUUACUAUUACUACCACACCUGAAUGCUUUAAGCCGUUGGUGAUAUGGGUUUAAUGGAGAAUUAUAGUGCUUGAUGCUUUUGGUAAGUCUUUUCUUAAGCCCGAGUGCUAUUCCUUUUGUGCUAUAUUGUUCAAUUGGAUUAUUAUUUAAUUCGAGUGCUUAAUAUAUAUUUAAAUCGGAACUUAUGGGUAAUAAAACACUCACUUGAAAUGUCAGAUGUGAAUGGUACAUGUAUAUAAAUAGAUAAACCGCAGUUAAAUACAAGGCCAUAUGUUUAUGUUUUAUAUAUGUCUUAUUUGUGUUUUGACCUGUAAUCUGUUGGACUCGUAGUCCGUGAGACUUCAGAUCGGCCUGCUUUGCUACCCGUUUCAAACUUUUUUUGAGCAUUUUUUGUUAAUAAUAUAUCGGUUAACCAUAUAAAAUGUGUCCAUGUGCUUUGUUAUUUGUACAGUUGUACAUACUAUGUUUGAUUGUCCAAAAUUGAAUUUUGGUUUCGUAUAAUAAAAAUAGUGAAUACA